AUUAAUACAGCAUUCAGUGAUUGUUUGCACUCAAGACAAGUCACAGAUACUGUAGACUGAGUAUUCAGGCAGCUUUUCAUUGGGAUAUUCGUAUAAUACCAGAAGGACACAAUGUGUUCUCAGCUUCACAUGCUAGUGCUUGGCUGUGCUUUAUUGGUGAACUUGGUUACCUCGUGUGACUACCCCAUAGACGUGUGCGGGGCAUUUGCCCCUGGCGAUGUCAUUAUUGGAGGGCUCUAUCCUUGCCAUUCAAAUGUGGGAAAUAUAGGUAACCGCACUCAGCCUGACAACUUCCAGUGUUCUGAAUUUGGAAUCCGGGCAUUUGUUAGGAUGCUUGCUAUGAUCCAUACCAUUGAGACCAUCAACGAGUCUAAUCUGUUGCCAGGAAUCAAGCUGGGGUACAUGAUCUGUGACACAUGUGCUGACGCCACCAAAGCCAUUCAGUCCACCGAACUGCUCCUUUCCAAUAAUGGCAGCAAAGAGGUGAAAUGCAGCUACACCCGCAGCGUGCCAACGGUUAAGGCAGUGAUAGGAGCUCAGUACUCAGAAGUGUCGAUAGCAGUUGCAAAACUCUUCAAUCUGCAUUUGAUCCCACAGAUAAGCCCAACGUCAUCUGCUUCAAUUCUUAGUGACAAAGUAAGAUAUCCUUCUUUUUUACGCACCAUUCCCAGUGACGUUCACCAGACUAAAGCUCUAGCUGAACUUGUCGCCAGAUUCAAGUGGAAUUGGGUCGGAGUGAUCGCCAACGAUGAUGAUUAUGGAAAGUCUGCUUUGCAAAGCUUUGUGGCUAACGCAGAGCAGCUGGGUAUAUGCAUUGCCUUUCAAGAACUUAUUCCAGCGUACAUCGGCCACGGAGACAUCAUUAACAAUAUCAAGACUGUCGCUAAUAAAAUCCAAAAUUCUAGUGCAAAUGUUAUCGUUGCAUUCCUGAAAAGUGAACUGAUCAUCAAACUGUUCACAGAACUGCUGGAACGCAACGUCUCUAAGACAUGGAUCGCCAGCGACAGUUGGUCCGCUGCCAGAGAUGUGGCCUCAAUGCACAAUAUCGACAAAGUGGGCAAUAUCUUCGGAGUUAGUUUUAAAUUAGGACAUAUACCGGGUUUUGAAGAGUACUUAAAAAACCUGCGACCAGGACCCACAGCGACAAAUAAAUUUAUUGAAGAAUACAAAAGACUCCGCUUUGAAUGUACAGAGGAAUUUGUCAAUUACACAAAAUGUGUGUCUGCAUCUUCGGAAGGAGCUUGCAACCUCACAGAGUCGCUGAAGCUGAAGUCCCCCAUGGCUUGUAAUUACACAGAUCCAUCCUCAGCCAAUGAUGACCUUCUGUUUGAAAACAUUGACGUGACAUACAGUUCACACAUAGCAGUGAGGGUGGUAGCACAUGCUUUGAGGAACCUUCUAAAGUGCAACGAUACUGCUUGUGAAAGACAUGUUGAUUUCCCCCCGUGGCAGCUCCUGAAGGAAAUUAAAGAGGUCAACUUUUCCCAAGAUGAUGGCCCGUUUUAUUUCGAUAAGAAUGGCGACUCUGCCAAUGGUUAUGAUUUUAUCUACUGGGUGACGGGCAAUGGCCAUAGCAAGUUCAAAGUUGUCGGGAUAUACAAACUAAAUAAACCCGGUGUGGAGGUUGAUGAAUCACUUAUCACUGGAGUGAUUCCAGAGUCCAAAUGUUCAGAGUCCUGUAAACCAGGCACAAUAAAGAAGGUCUCAAACAUCUCCUGUUGCUACAGUUGCAUAGAUUGUUCGGAGGGAACCUACUCCGAUAAGUGGGACAUGGUAGACUGUCUAUCCUGCUCUGGAAAGACCUGGUCUCAGAAAGGAGCAACGCAGUGCCGAAACAAGACAGAAAUGUAUUUACACUGGGAUGAAGGCUAUGCAAUUGUCCUAGUUACUUUCGGCAGCCUUGGGAUUGUAUUGCUUUUCAUCAUAGCUGUGAUUUACACAGUGAACCUAAAAACACCGGCAGUAAAAGCUGCAGGCGGCAACUUGUGUUACCUCAUUGUCGGUUCUCUGAUGCUCAGCUUCUGCAGCAUCGGGCUCUUUAUUGGAAAGCCCAAUCAAUACACCUGCCAGAUACGACAGCCUCUGUAUGGCAUCAGCUUCACCAUCUGUGUCUCCUGUAUCCUGGUGAAAUCCUUUAGGACCAUUCUGGCAUUUAAACGCUAUUCCCAGGUUCAGGCCAAACUAAAGAAAAUAUACAAGCCUUUCCUAAUUAUAUUGUUUUGCGCUGUAAUGCAAGGGGUUAUCUGCACCAUGUGGUUAAUCUUUGAUUCUCCGCAGGUUGAAGAGAGAUCAACUAACCAGACCAUGGAGGUUUUGAUUCAGUGUAGCGAGGGUUCGAAUGUGGGAUUCGGGAUCAUGCUGAGCUAUAUAGGCCUGCUGGCCUUCAUCUGCUUUGUGUUAGCUUUCAAAGGCAGGAAGAUCCCUCACACUUAUAAUGAGACUGGGUACAUUAUAUUCAGCAUGCUGGUCUACCUGUUUGUAUGGGUUUGCUUCAUUCCGAUCUACGUUAACAAAAGCGAACAGCGGUCUGCGGUUCAGGCAUCUGCAAUUUUGGCCUCGGAUUACGGGAUCAUUUGCUGCCACCUCAUCCCUAAAUGUUACAUCAUGCUGUUCAAGAAAGAGGCAAACAACGAACAAAGAUACAUGGACAAGCUUCGGCAGUCAACGGGGUCCGUGUUUUCAGUGGAAUCAGCCAUGGCCACAGCUAAGAUUUUACUUGGGGACAGAGGACAGAGGUGCAAUGAUACUCUCAGGAAAAGACGCGGUAGCUGGUAGCUUGGAUUGACAGGUCAGGCCUCAGAGGUCUUUCUCACCUCUCAUUUACAGGGUUUUCCCAGUAUUGGUAUUGGGAAUUUAACAUCCAUAUUUUUAUAUUUUUAUAUCAGUAUUUUGUACUAAUCAGCGUAUUUAAAUAGACAGUAUUUCAUUUAUUUGCGUCACCCCAGAACCUUUAGAAAAAAUGCUCGUUAUUUCUCUUUGUAUUCCAGAUAUUGUUGUUUAUUCCAACAAUCAGGGAAAUCAACAGAAUGAAUACUAGCGGGGGAGUUUCUUGGCUCUUGUCCAGCUAUUGAAGAUCCUGGCUGAUGAGAAGUCUGCUAAUUUAGUUCUGGCUUGGUACGGACUUCUUUUUGUAGGUCUGAUGUUUUUGUGUUGUCCAGCACACUAAAGUCAACGCGUAUGGUGUUUUGCAGCAAUAUAACAUUUAUAUAAUUUUUUCCCCCUAGAUUUCUUUUUCUUAACGCCCCACUUUAACCCCUGACAAGAAACCUUUCUCUUGAAAACACGCUUCUAGGUUGCAAACGCUAAUGUUAUAGAGAAAUUUGUGGAGACACUAUGACCAAUUUCCUUAACAGCAAUCUUUAAAUUAAACAUUAGUUGAAGAUUUGUGAAUCGAUUUUUAAGAUGGCAAUAAAAACUGUGUAAUAUCAUACUUGCCAUCAUUUGGAAACUGUUCAGCAGGACGCUGAUCAUAUACAUUAUCAUAUAAUAGAUGUACCCCCCAAUUCAACACCACACGACCAUCAUGAUAGUAAAAGCAGACCUAAUGAAGCGUUCUUACCUUUGUAUAAGUUAGUGAUAAGUUAGCAGAUGUGUCAGCCAAGAGCACAGCGUGUGGUUUUCACUAACUCUACUGUGCAGAAUAAAUUAUUUUUUUUCUAUGGGUAAAUAUCGGGACUUUCUUCCUAUGCAUUGGGAUGCGGCACAUUUGCUAGGAGAUCAGGACUGCCCCAACCAUAUAGGGACUGUUGGCAUGUUUGUAAUAUGACCUCUGUAUGUCAUUGUAAUAUAACUCAGCAUUUUUUAUUAUAUUGUCUAAUAUCAAUCUGUUUUUGUUUACAAUUGUAUUGUUAUUGUUAUUAUUAUUAUUACUAUUAUUAUAAAAUAAAUUAGACUGGUGGUGAUGUAGGGUUUAUGUUAAAAUAUUCAUUGCUAUCAUUAAGAUGACAAUUAAAAAAAAAAACAUUUUUCAUACUGUAUUGCACAUUUUACAUAUUAAAAAAGUUUAUAACAAUGUGAUGUGUAG